CCCCCGCGGGUUUCCAAACUUUCCGUGGCCGCCGCCGCCGUGAUUGGCGCGGCGGAGGCCACCUCCAUGCAAAUGAAGCCCCGCCGCCCGCCGCCCGCAGAUCAAUAGGGACGCGGGGGAAGGAGCAUGCAGUCCGCCUGGGCAGGCGCGGGGAGAGCCGGCAGCGGCACGCCGAAAACACCCCCCAAAACAAACCCCCCGACGGCUCCCGGCCCCCCCCCCGCACACCCCGGUCCCCCGAGCCCCUCUAAAGCGAGAGCUUCCCUCCUCUGCUUUCUUAUGAACCCAGGAUGAGCAGCAAAGAAGACCCGAGCAAGUGCUGUCCAGCGGCUGCUCCCAUCUCCAGUUUCACCAUCCAGUCCAUCCUGGGCAGCGGCAGCGCCGAGCCCCCCCGGGAGGCCGGCGGCAGGGCGACCGCCUGGCCCGCCCGCGGCCGGACCCUCUCCCUCUCCUCGGAGGACGAGGAGCCGGAGGAGAGCUGGAAACACCGCGGCUGCUUCUGCCCCGAGGCGCAGGGCCCCGCCGAGACGUGCCACAAGCACCAGCCCCUCAGCUUCACCUGUCUCGGCAGCGCCAAGGGGAGCGGAGCGGCGGCGGCGGGCAGCGGGGAGCGGGGGCCCUUCCUCUCGCCCCCCCAGCAGGACUGUAAGGAGGAGAAGGAGAAGCCGCUGGGACCCGCUUCGCCCUCCUGCGGGGACCGCCAGCGCGACGGCGGGGACCGGCAGGCCGGCGCCGCCAAGAAGAAGACGCGCACGGUGUUCAGCCGCAGCCAGGUCUAUCAGCUGGAGUCCACCUUCGACAUGAAGCGCUACCUGAGCAGCUCGGAGCGGGCCUGCCUGGCCUCCAGCCUGCAGCUCACCGAGACCCAGGUGAAGACCUGGUUCCAGAACCGCAGGAACAAGUGGAAACGGCAGCUCUCGGCCGAGCUGGAGGCGGCCAACAUGGCCCACGCCUCGGCGCAGACUCUGGUGGGGAUGCCGCUGGUGUUCAGAGACAAUUCCCUCCUCCGAGUGCCGGUGCCCCGGUCCAUCGCCUUCCCCGCCCCUCUCUACUACCCCGGCAGCAACCUCUCGGCCUUACCGCUCUACAACCUCUACAAUAAGAUCGACUACUGAGCUGCCGCACUCCCCUCCCCGCGGCCGCCCCGUCGGGGCCGGGGCCGGCUCGGGGGCUCGGUGCGGGGGCUCGGCCCGCCUCCGCCGCGGGGACGGAGGAACGAAACUGAUGGGAGGGACGGGCAAACGGAGAGCCCGGGGCGCCGGGGGCACCCCCCACCCCCUCCUGCUAUCCUGCCACUUGAAAAAAAAAAAAUUA